CAGACACCAGGUUUAGGUAAGAGCGGGGCAGUCAACUUUUCAGAAACCCUUGGAGUGAGAAAGGGGAUUUUUGGCAGGUCAUGUCGGUCUCUCAGGUCUCUCCUGGUCUUUUCCUCAGUGGUCUGGACUCGGCUCUGAACCUCAGUGUGUUGGCCAGCAGAAACAUCACCCUCAUUAUUAACGCCAGUGGACUGGAGGAUGUGUCCUACCCUUCGCUGGAUGGUCUGCAGGUCCUCCAUGUCCCGGUCCAGGAUCAACCUCACGCCCCCCUCAGACAGUACUUUGACCUUGUGGCUGAACAGAUCAACCAGAACCAGACAGGGAGGACUCUGGUCCACUGCACCGCUGGCAGGAGCCGAUCCCCUGCUCUGAUCAUGGCCUACCUGAUGAGGUUUGAAGGUCUCAGCCUCCGUCAGGCUCAUGAGCAAGUUUUGGAACAGCGACCCUUCAUCAGACCUAAUGCUGGUUUCUGGAGACAGCUGAUGGACUAUGAGAGGACUCUGUUCAGCAGGAACACAGUGAGGAUGGUGAAGACGUCCGGUGGAGUCCUGCCUGAGGCUCUGCAGGACCCUGAGGACUCCAGCACCACUGCAGCAUACUUUGUCAAUGUGUGACAGACUGAGUCUGUCACUGAGCUCAUGCUCAGACAUUAAAGCAGCUCUGGUCCAGAUUCUCCUGGAGACACAGUUGUCUUCAGUUAUUUUUUAAUGAAGGAUGAUCUUUGACUUUGAAUGUUACUUGUUUAGUUUGAAUGUUCAGUGUCACAGACAAAAAUAGUAAAUAACUAUGAAACCAAGUUUUCAAGGAAAUAAAGGGAACUAGAAUCACUUCCUCUGGUUGUUUCCUUAACCAGUCAAGUAUCAGGAAAUAUGGUCAGUCUCUCCUUCUGAGUUAGUGUUGAAUAAUGACAGAACAUUAUGAUGUCACAGUGAAGUUGACAUUUGACCUCUUGGAUAUAAAAUGUCACCACUUCAUUUAGCCUGUUACACCUUUGUGUCAUUAUUGUAUGAAUUUGUGAGGUAGGGCCAAAAAGUGUUUUGUGAGGCCACAGUGACCUUUGACCACCAAAAUCUAAUCAGUUUAUCUUUGAAUCCAAGUGAAUGUUGUGUGAAAUUUCAAGAAAUUCCCUCCACGUGUUACUGAGAUAACAUUUUCAUGAAAAUGAGACAGACAAAUGAAAAUGAUAAAAAAUGUUUAUGAAACGGAAAGAAAACAAAAAAAUGUAACUGUUUGCCACCUUUAAUGUGUUAACUACGAAGUCCAUGAGUCCAUAAGAUACCCCUGCAGAAAUUUUCAGUUUCCAACUUAAUGCUUGUCAGUCCAAAUACUUAGAACCAUUUACAUUAGUGAAGCUUUUAUUUUGAAAAUUUCAGCCAGAUGUUACUUGUUUGUUUUAAGUUUCAGUUUGCAUCAGUAGUGACCUCUGUUCUCUGAAGGUUCUGACAGCUGCAGAAUUCUUGCAUGAAUUUCCCGUAGGGAAUAAAUAAAGUAUCUAUCUAUCUACCUUCAAAAAGUGGCAGAUUCUGUACACUGGUAAAAGCAGACCUGCCAGAUCAUUUAUACUGCUACUUAACAGUUUAUUAGGAAACAUUCUUGUAUUCUGCAUCAAUGUAUGACAGGCUAUGGUACACAUUUAUCUUUUCUGUAAAGAAACUGGUGAAAAAUGAUGAAAAACCCCUUUAAGUUUUGUAAUUCACUGUGUUUAGAUUGAUGUUCUUUUUUCCAGGUUUUGCUGCAGAUGACAGGUCCACUGUUCAAACUACUACUGAGUUUCAACCGUCAAACUGAACACGACAUGAAUCUGC